UUGGCCGCCGGAUCCUAUUUCCUUUUACGAAGCGUCUUCGGUGGAUCCAGGCAGAGGUUGGACCGAUAGGAUUCUGCAGUUUCAGAGGUCUCCAAAGCACAUUCGAGGCCCUCAUCCCAAGGAACUCAGCCUGCUCUCUUCCUUCCGAUUUGGCCAAGAGACAUGAGUGGCCCGCCAGCGUGGCAACGCCGCAACUAGUGACCUCGACGUGAUUCACGGAUCGAGCACGUUUCUUGGCAUUUUCAUACUCAUCCGGCUGGACGGAGCACCCUCCCUUAUUCGUGAGUAUGGGGACAGGGUUUUCUAAGUCUCAGGUCGCGCACCUCCACGAACUGAGAGAAUUCACCAAGUCCUCAAUCGUUGUACUUAAAAAUGGGAAAAAAUUGCCCCGGCCAACAAAAACUGAAUUAACGGUUUUACUAAAAUACAUUUACGAACAUUGUCCGGCUUACCCGGAGAAAGGUUCAAUUCGAACGUCCACAUGGAUUAAAUUAGGCACUUAUUUGCACGAGUCCCCAAGGGCUCCGGCGAAAAUGCUCGCCACGUGGCGGAUAAUCGUGGAAUGCCUAAAAAUUCAUGAGGAGCCCCUGACGGCAGAACCAGGCCCGCCUCCGGCAUAUCAAUCAGAUACCAAAUUGCCCCAAUUAGGAGAAAGCACUACCCUGGUCCCCUCAGGGCCUAGUCAGUCUCCCCCCGAGGUCCCGGCCCCUCGCGCCCCCCUGAAAGGAGGAGCGGUGGCCUCUACUCUCUGGGACGCCCUUCAAAACGGCGAUCUGGAUUUGGAAGACAGUUCUCGUGUUCCCCCCGUUAACAUGAAGCCUGACCCUGCCAACCCGGCGGGGCCACAAAUCCCAGUAUAUACACCCGUCCCGUACAAAGCCAUUAAGGACAUCAAAGAAGCAACUGCCAUGUACGGAAUAACUUCCCCCUACACCCGAGGUUUGAUCGAGUGUCUGGGAAACAUUUAUUGGCUUGUCCUUGAUGAUUGGAAGCUUCUUUUUUUAAUGAUUUUAACUCACUUCCAGUAUGCCAUCUGGUCUUCUGCAUACGAGAUUGAAAUUGAAAGACAAAGUGCUUGGGGCCUCCCACCGGGGGUCACCAAUGGCCACCUGAUCGGGGGGGUAGGCUUUGAAACCCCCCAACAGCAGGCUGCUGUCCCUUGGGAGGCUAGCCGCAUAAUUUCUCGAGCCGCUAACACCGCUCUUUUAAAAGUAGAUGACCCAGAGGAUGGCCCUAAAAAAUUAUUUACAAAAUUAUAUCAGGGUCCUUCUCAAAAUUAUCAAGACUUUGUCGACGACCUGAAAAAGGCCAUCGACCGGCAGGUGGACAACCACGAAGGCCGCCAGUUAUUGCUUAGAAUACUGGCAUAUAAAAAUGCCAACUAUGACUGUCAGUGCAUAUUGCAGCCCCUUGUGGACCAGCCCGGGGCAGACAUCGCUGACUACUUAGAAGCCUGCCGAGUGGUCGGCACCGUGACCUAUAAAAUGGAUGCCCUCGCUGCUGCCCUGCAACAAUAUAGAGCGCGACAUUCCGGUAACUGUUUUAAUUGUGGAAAACCGGGACACUUUCGCGCCCAGUGCAGAGCUCCGGGGGGAGGGAGUCGGCGACAGAACAAUCAAGCGAAACCAAAAACGGUUUGUCCCCGUUGCAAAAAGGGGUUUCACUGGGCAAAACAAUGCAGGACCAACCGUCCCCCUAGUCUGGGAAACUAGAACAGGGGCGAUCAGCCAGCCCCGCUCGAAAGGCUGAUAAUGGCGGCAGUCACCAGUCCCCGCCACCUCUUCCGGCCUUGGUGGAACUGGAGAACGCAGAGGAAAUAGCUACCCUGCUGCCGGGAACCGCCUAGUCUUUAAUUCUCCGCCUCAAAGGCCCCACUCCCCUGCCCACCAAUGUUCCGUUUCUGGCCUUUCCACAGCGAGACUUUGUCCUGCAGGGAGCCAUCGACGCCCCCUUUUUGCUGGACCCCCGAUGACCGGGGCCACAUGGGUAUGGCUUUCAUCCCCAACGUUCCCCUGAGAGUGCCGGAAGGGCAAGUGGUUUCCUCUGCCUUGCCGCUUCCUUAACCCACUCCUGUGUCGUCUACUCACUUGUUGGCCAUGGAACAACCUUUGCUGCACGCUCGCCCGAUCACCAGCUUUAACGUUAAUGGCCACCGCUUUUCUGGUAUUUUAGACACCUCCCACAGACCCAUUCAAUCCCACAGAUUAGGCCUCCUCCGUAUUACAUCUGCCGGCCAAUGUCGGCUGGCGA